AUGUCGCCGUUGCACAAGUCUAUUCAUCACAACAACAACAGCAAUCUUGUCGACGCCGACGACGACGGCCGCCAUUACGGCUACCCUAGCGAGAAGCAGCAGCGCGAGGCCGUCGCCCCUCUCUCCACGAAUCUUCUUGUCAACAAUUACUCGCGCUCCCCGCCUUCCCGCCCUCUCAACGCUCGUUCAAGCCCCCCACGCAAGCCGCGGUCAAGCGUCUUCUCGGUCCUAAUCCCACGCGCUUGGUCAAACCCCGCACCACCGCCUGCGUCGCCUCCACAUCCCUUCAUCUCUCUGACGGCCCCGCCCAAGCUCCCCCCUGUCCAUCGACACUCGUUUCUCGACCCGGCCACCUUUGAUCGCGAGGAGUACUGGCUCGACUCUGAUUCAGACUCUGAAAUCGAACAACCGAUUGCUGCAACGGGCUUAGACCAGGGUCGCAACCGUCUGCAGCCCGGGCGACAUCAUCACGCUCCUAGUCACAAGUGGACACCGACAGUUGACCACAUUUCGCCGGCUAGCCCAGCGCAGACCAUCUCUCCGUCGACGACUGCGGCCUAUCUCUUUUGCGUCCCAUCACCUGCCAUCGGAGCCUUUGCAACACCAGCGGCCCUUCGUAGCAAGAAGUCCACUGAACGCGUAGGCAAAACCAGGGGUAAACCCUUGAACGCUUCCUACAAGCCCCCGCUGUCUGCAGGCGGACACAAGCGACGCCGCUUCGUCCAUCACGCACGAUCGCCCACGGCAACUUUCCCUCAGAUCCCCUCUUUCGCCAACUCGCGAUCGCCCACGUACCCUCCCCGAAUCCACUACAAUCCAAACCUUUCGCUUGCCCAGGCCGCAAAGAAGCCGACCGCUGCCCAUCGCUCCCCGCGAACUCCCCCUCGUCGUCGAUACCGGCGAGCCAGGGGACCGACCUCCUCGCCCACGAAGGCUAUCGCUGCGAGCAGAAGCCGCACGAGCUUGCGCCAUCCAUCGCGCUCGCGCCUGCACAGACCAUCAGUCGACCGUCUCUUGAAGCCUUCGCGCAGCCUUUUCAGGCGUCGUGCCGCUCGAAUCCUCCACGAUCAUCGCCCUGCUCCCAAGCCGCCUAUCAACCCUACGGUUCUAGCCGCGAUGCAAGCCAUUGUGGACCAGACGGCGUUCCCGGUUAAGCGCAGUGGGGUCGAUGGCAUCGCACUGCCGAAUGGAUCGCCGCGGCCGCGAGUGGUGGUGAAUGAAGAGGAUGCAAGGAUUGCAUGGAGCAUGCAGUUUUGGGUUACCAUUGCCGACCCUGUCACCCAGCAUGUUUUCUUCGCGUGCCCGGCCACAGGUCAGUGCAGCUGGGAACCGCCCGUCGGAGCCUUCGUUGUGCCAAGGUCGCCUGAAGGUGAAUGGUGGGAACUGGCUGAUGCGUCGCGUGACAACCAGUGCUACUACUACAAUGAGGGUUCCAGGAGAUGUUCCGGAGGCCCGGCCCCCUCUGUCCUGCCCGGCAGUGAAGCGUUUGUCAUCCCGCUCGGAUUGAUUCAGCAAAACGCCCUCAUUUCGUCCCUUCCCGACAAGCCAGUCCCCUCCCCAAGCUCGAGCGUGCACGCGGAGGAAAUCCUAGUCAGCGGCAACAGCAGCGCUGUUAAUGUCAACGGACAUCAAAACCCCACCCCUGCACGCAGCUUGAACGGAUCCGUCGCAUCGGCUUGUCGCCCUUCCAACUCGCCAUCAUCCAUUACCCGCACCCUUCCCGACACGGCAGAUCACCCGGUCAUGCUUGCCCAAAGCGCGACAGCAAGCUCGAGUGGGCCCUUAACCCCGACUCCGGAUCAGCCGUCGGAGGGGGAGGCAAUUAGCACCGAUGCCGCGGAGGCGAGCGACCAUCUUGCGGAAGCAGAGCCGGUCCGGACUAGCUGGUGGGAUCGCCGCAAGCCGCGCGGACGGCUUAUGAGCGGGUCAAGCGUUCGAAGCCGACGGGCCACAGUCGAGAACAACAGCCCCGUCACGUCGCACAGCGACGUCUUCUCUUCGCCUCCGACGUCUCCGUCCAUGGACCAGCCGGCGGCGCUCCCCCCGGUAGGGCCCUCCGGGAACGUCAACAUUGUCAUUCAGCCCUCAUCACCGACGAGUGCCGCGUACGACCUCAACAAUUUCAGUACGGACAACUUUGCGGACCGGUAUUUUGCGACCAAACGUUCCGGCAUGUUGCGGCAGCGGUUGUCCCUCGAGCGUAUUAUGGAAUGGCAGCGUAGUCCAAUCGCCGCGCCGCUGUUGGUCUUGUCUAAAGCGUGCGUCAGCGACGCCCUGUCGACAUUCAAGGUUAUCCAGCACGUCAUGGGUGAACGGGACCGGCCGGUGGACGCUGCGCGGCCGAACCAUGCCAACCAAGGGGCGAUGAGUAGUGUCUUGAGCCUGCGAUCGACGAGGGAUGACUGGGCUGGCAAGGAUGACAAGACAAUCAUUCUCGAGGAGAUUCGCUGGAUGGUUCAACUCGGUGUCGGCCGCUCAGAGAUGCGCGACGAACUCUACUGCCAGCUGAUCAAGCAACUUACGCGCAAUCCGGACAACGACGCGACGGUACUUGGCUUCCAGCUGUACUGCGUCUUCGUCCAGGCAUUCGGCCCCUCUAAGAGCUUUGAGCCGUUUGUGCGCUCUUUCCUCGUUGGCAACGUUGAGCGGACCGAGUUUGGAAUCGGCGUGAUGUCGAAGUAUUGCUUGUCUCGAUUGGACGCCUGGGUGGCCAAGGGCGGCGGCGGCCGAGUGCUCAGCAUUGUGGAGAUUGAGCAUGCUUCGGACGCAGCGUUCUACCCGUCCGUUUACGGGCAGACGCUGGAAACGAUCAUGCAGCGCCAGGAAGGUGCCUACCCGGAACUGCGAAUCCCAAUCAUCCUCCCAUUCCUCGCGGACGGCAUCCUCGCCCUUGGCGGAACCGACGCAGAAGGCAUCUUCCGUGUGCCGGGCGAUAACGAUGUUAUCACCCAGCUGCGCACGCGCAUCGACCGGGGGCAAUACCAGCUGGAUGGCAUCGAUGACCCGCACGUCGUCGCAUCCCUGUUCAAACUUUGGCUUCGCGACUUGGAGGAGCCUCUCAUUCCUGCAACGCUCUACAGGGCUGCGUUGGAGUCGUCCCGAUCGGUCGACCACAGCAUUCUCUUCCUGAAGCGACUCCCGGACCACAACCGACGUGUGCUGCUGUUCGUCAUCAGCUUCAUGCAGCUAUUCCUGGACCCCGAAGUCAUUGCUGUCACGAAGAUGACGCCGCAAAACCUCUCACUCGUGCUCGCGCCGAACAUUCUGCGUACGCCCAAUGAGUCACUUGCGACUGUGUUCGCGAACAGUGCCAGUGAGAGCCAGUUUGUCCUCAACCUGCUGCUGCACCUUGACCCGCCGAGCGUCGACCCAGAAUACGUUCCGACCCACGGACACUAA